AUGUCGAUCCCCAUGAAUGCACUUCCCGCCGAGUUCGAAGCCGAACAUGGCUCGAUCGACCUCGCGGACCCGGAUUCGAACCUCGACGAUGAGGGCGCGGACGAGGAGGAUGACCUGGACCUGAAGCAGAGCCAGAGGAGCGUGUGGUUGUGCAAGGUCAGUGCACUGGAAUAAGAUGCUCUUGAGCUCAGUGAGCGGCCUGGAUGCUCGUGUACUUGGGGUUACUCUGGUGUGCUCUUGCCAGACUCAAGUCAGCGAGCCAGAACAGAGCUGACCUGAACCUGGUCCAUCACCCAUCGCUCGCCAGGUUCCAAAGUUCUUGUUGGACAAGUGGGAGCAGGUCCAACAAGAGGGCGUCGUGUUGGGACGGGUGAGGGUCUAUGACGAGUCAGUUGCUCUGCUCCGUCUCUCGCGUGAGCCCCACCUCGAGGAAACCGGGCUGGGCUGUGAGGCUCAUCCACACCCUACGAUUGCGAUCCCACUCUGAUUGCACAGAAAAGAUGCCAAUGGAGAUCCAAAGAUCGCCGUCCUCCUCGAACAAGACGAAAGCUCGGCUCCACCAACAACCGCACCCGCACCGAGUCGGGACAUCAAGGGCAAAGGACCGAUCGGACGACGGAACGGCACCGUACCGACAGAGUACCACCUUCGACUGCAGAACACGAGUAGUAAGAACCUGUUUAUCUUCGGCGAGAAAGAGGAAGAGGACGAGUCGACGGGCGAUGUGGGGUUCAGGAAAAAGAGGCGUGAGUCGAGAUCGGAUGUCCUGGCAAAUUUUGAGGCAAGUACGAUGCUCAUCCCACACUACACUCGUCGUCAGGGAUCACCUCGUUGGCGGGCACAAUUCAACACGAAUGCCAGCUCACACCUUCACUGUCGUCCAUCUCGGCCUCGGACUCGUACCGGACCAUCAUGCGCGAACGGCAACGCCUCGCCACCGAACCCAAACGCACGAUCAAGAUGUUGGACGUCGACAACGCGACGGCGAAUCGACUGGCUUCGGGUGUAGGCAUGUCGGGCGUGAAGCAUCGUGUUGCCAGUAUGGUUGUGAGUUUUGUCAAACGCAUCGAAUCCUGUCUUUCUAUUGUGGACGACUUUCUGAUCCUCGUGCGGUCAUCGUUGCGAGGCUAGAAAACCGCCAAAGCGGCGGCCGUCAGUGGCGCCGGUCCCAAUGGUCGCAUGGUGCGCAUGCCUCGCAACGAACUGCUCGAUCUCCUCUUCCAACACUUUGACCAAGCGCCGUACUGGAACCUCAAGCUGUUGAACGAGCACGUCAAGCAGCCGGCGACGUUCUUGAAGGAGGUGUUGGGCGAGGUUGGGACGUUGGUGCCGAGGGGUCCUUAUGUUGGGAUGUGGACGCUCAAAGAGCAGUUCAAGAGCGGCAAUAGGGACGAAAAUGCCAAGCCCGAAGGGAAGGAUGAGGCGCAUGUAGCUAAGAAUGAGGAGGGGGUAGAGGGAAGCUCGACAACAGAUGUAAGGAAGGCGGAGGACGACCCUGACGAAGAUGACGAAGACGAAGACGAGAUGGAGGUCGUCGCUUGA